AUGGAAGUGGACACUGGAGCUUCAGUGAGUGUUGUACCAACCCAGAUAUAUAGUGAAGUUCUAUCCCACGUACAGCUGAAGAAGAGCACUGCCCGACUUCAGUCAUAUAGUGGUGAACGAUUGAAGGUGAAGGGAGAAGCUGUUGCACCAAUCAAGUAUGGAAUGCAACAAUCCAUGGAGCGGUUGAUUGUAGUAGAUGUGAGUGAUAAGCCAGCAGUCUUGGGACGAGAUUGGCUGUCAAACCUCAAGCUUGAUUGGGCUUCUCUGUUCAAAGUUGAUAGUGGAGUUUUUGAUGUACCUGAGAAGUUUCCUCAGUUGUUUGCAGAGGGAGUAGGUACUUUACAAGGCUAUCAAGCCAAGAUAACUUUGUCUGCAGAUGCCAAGCCACAGUUCCAUAGGCCACGCCCAGUGCCUUAUGCCUUACAACAGAAGGUAGAGGAGGAGCUUAAUCGACUUCAGGAAGAGGGCAUUAUACAGCCAGUGGAAAACAGUGAGUGGGCAGCACCUAUCGUCAUUGUGAGAAAGGCUGAUAAUUCUAUCAGAAUUUGUGGCGAUUACAAGGUAACAAUUAACCCCUACCUGGAGAUGGACAAUUAUCCAAUGCCAAAUGCACAGGACUUGUUUGCAUCGUUAGCAGGAGGACGGUUCUGUACACGUCUGGAUAUGAAACAAGCUUACAUGCAGAUGCGAGUGGAUUCAAGCAGCCAAAGGUAUUUGACUAUCAACACUGCCAAGGGCCUGUUUGCGUACACACGUAUGCCCUUUGGUAUUUCGACUGCACCCGGAAUUUGGCAGCGAGCAAUGGACAACGUUCUUACGGGAAUGCCAGGAGUGUCCUGUUAUUUAGACGACAUUCUGAUUGUGGGCCAAUCCGAAGAACAACAUGACGAACGUCUUCAUCAAGUCUUGGAAAGACUGAGUCAAGCGGGACUUCGUCUGAAAAGAGAAAAGUGUGAGUUCAAGAAAACUAGAGUUGAGUACCUUGGUUAUGUUGUGGAUGAGCAUGGACUUAGACCGGCUGAGAAAAAGCUGGCAGCAAUACGACAAGCUCCAGAGCCAAGUAACACAACCGAGCUAAGGGCAUUCUUAGGCCUAUUGAAUUAUUAUGGAAGGUUCUUGCCUAACCUCUCAACCAUGCUACAACCACUGUAUAGUCUGCUGCAGAAGAACACAUCGUGGGAAUGGGGUGCAAAACAAGCAAAGGCUUUCCGGCAAGCCAAACAGAAUUUGUUGGAAUCGGAUUUCUUGACGCAUUAUGACUUGAAGAAACCGGUACGUCUUGCUUGCGAUGCUUCACCGUAUGGAGUGGGAGCCUGUCUCACACAUGUAAUGUCAGACGGUAGUGAGCAACCAAUCGCUUUUGCUUCACGAACCUUGACCAUGGCAGAAAGAGGAUAUGCUCAAUUGGAACGAGAAGCGUUAGCACUCAUCUUUAGAGUGCGACAAUUUCAUAAAUAUUUGGUGGGAAGGUCAUUCACACUUGUAACUGACCAUCGACCACUGUUGAAGAUAUUGGGUCCGAAAGAGGGAGUACCUACUCUAGCAGCGGCUCGACUACAGCGUUGGUCACUAAUUCUAAGUGCUUAUCAAUACAACCUGGAAUACACAUCAGGAGUGAGCAACAAAGAAGCUGAUCUACUUUCGAGACUACCCAUUCCAGUCAACGUAGUGGAUCUUAAUGAGAAAAUCUAUGCUAUUGAUCAUUGUGAGCAGUUACCUGUUACAGCGCAAGACAUUGCUAAGGAACUGCAGCGAGACUCCAUACUACGACAAGUUUACGAGUACACUUUGCGUGGAUGGAAGCCUAAUGUAAGUACACAGUUACUGCCGUAUGCACGACGAGCGGAUGAGCUUACAAUUGAAGACGGGUGUCUACUUUGGGGGAAUCGUGUAAUUAUUCCAACCAAGCUUCAAGGCACAGUGUUACAAGAGAUUCACGAAGACUAG